AUCUUUUUACAGUUAACUCCACAGUACCUGUACUUUUUUUGUGUGUAGAAAAAAUGAUUUGCCACCUUUAUAUAGCUGAGGCACAAUAGCAUCACAGGCUCGAUUUAUUCUUGUAUGUUAAGCAGCAACUAUUUAUUGGGCACGGCCAACACACAGCAAGCGCUGAAAUCACAGAUAUAUUGUAUAACACUGAUGGUCCAAGACAUUCACCACAGACAGUGGAAUCCUUUCUGAAACAUUGGACUUUUUGCAUGCGUAAUUCUGAAUAUCUGUUGCAAAAUGUUGCAGAAAGAGUAUAAUUGACUGGUGUGUAUUUAAAUAAAGUAAUAAAAUAGAAGAAAAAAAGAAUCUUAUUUUUUUGUGUGUGUGAAAUGAGCGACUGGAUUGAACACUACACUGGAGUCGUCCACGGUCCUCGCCACAGGCAGUAUAUCAGGCCUAUAAAAAUCAAAGCUGCCUGAUGUAGUAUUUUAUAAUAGUAUUAAACGACCAAAAAAGUUCAUGUAGUUUCUUCUAUAAAUACAAGAGGAUUGUCGCACGGUGGUGUUUAAUGCCCUCGUUAAGGAAAAUGACUGUUAAUUUCCCAAUAAACCUGUUCAUUAUCUCAACGUACUCCUAUUACCCCACGAAGGAAGAGGUUUGCCUCCUCGGAGGUUUAAACACGUGGGGGUAUAACAACAGUUUAGGGAGAAAAAAAAUCGGUUGAGUAAACUUUAUAUGCAGACGUCACUUGGUUUUUGUGAUACCUUUCAAAGUCCUGUUAAAGAUCUCCAUAAAUUGCCUUUAUUAAAUAGUUAUUGUCAACCUCCCAUUCAGGACUCUUAUACUGUACAGAUCACGAUAUAAUGCCACAUCAGAUAAUAGACGAAAAUGUUCUCUCACUUAUUAUUGUGGGUCACUGCCCUGCAUAUACUGCCCCUUAAUAUAAUGUCAAAACCUUUCAUAAUUUAAGUUGACAUUUUCCCGACUGCUUGUAGAUAUCUGAAGAGAUAUAUGGACACAUUCCCAUUUUGCAUAUUGCAUAAACAAGACAAUUUAUUUAGAUGAGAAAUAUAGAGAGCUCAAGAGGAGGAGAGCUCCGUACAGCCUCUUGGCGGAUUGAUUUACACCCCAUUGACGCUUUAUCAGGCUCGCGAAAAAAGUCUGACCAAUCACUUCGCUCGGAGCGCACGCCACAGCAGCCCGGCUCUAUUUCGUUGGCGAGCGAGUAGAGAGGAGUACCGUGAAGAGGGGAGUAAAGCACAUUUCUAUUGUACAUGUUUUCCCUUUAAUGAACAGUACGUUAUAUAAUGUCCGAGAAUGUCCAUUUCUGGAACUCUAAGCAACUACUAUGUCGAUUCUAUUAUAAGUCAUGAAGGAGAAGAUCCGAACGCGUCCCGCUUCUCCAAUGUACAGUACUCCAGUGCUAGACAACCGGGACCCGGCGAGCAUCCCGAGUUCCCCUCUUGUAGCUUCCAGCCCAAGCCUCCAGUGUUCAGUUCGUCGUGGAGUCCAUUCAGUUCCCACGCGUCCAGUGGCUUACCAGCGGUCUACCAUCCGUACAUACCGACGCAGCCAGUGCCUUCAACGGAUACUCGAUACCUCCGCACAUGGCUCGACUGCGCUCCGAGAGCAGAACCUCUGCCCGGUCAGGGACAGGUCAAGAUGGAGCCGCUCCUGGGACAUCUCGGGGAACCACCGAAACUAGUCGGGCAGCAUGAGUACAUCUUGGAGUCUUCUACAGCACGGGAGAUGAAUUCUGCUCACAGCGCUGGGUUUGAAGACAAUAAGGACAUAUGCGAAGCCAGCGAGGACAAAGAGGGACCGGAUCAAAACGACCCAUCUGCCAACUGGUUACACGCUCGAUCAUCCCGGAAGAAGCGAUGUCCAUACACGAAAUAUCAGACCUUGGAGCUAGAGAAGGAAUUUCUGUUCAAUAUGUACCUCACCCGAGACCGGAGACACGAGGUAGCUCGCCUGCUGAACUUGACAGAGCGACAAGUCAAAAUAUGGUUCCAGAACAGAAGGAUGAAAAUGAAGAAAAUGAAUAAGGACCAGCCCAAAGAAUAAUAACGCAGACUGGUGCGAGGCGUUCAAGCCGUUUACAAAAAGUAUUUUAAAUCUGGAAGCUGAUGCAAGAAUGUGUUGCUGCGUCAUAAAGAAAACGCACACGCGCAUCCACACACCAUUUUCCAUAGGACUGGACAGCGUUCAACAUAUAGAGAACAAGGAAGAAGUGAGAUGAUGCAGAGGAAGGGGAAAACGUCUUGCCAUCUCUCUCUCUUCUUUUAUUGCAUUUUAUGACUUGUGUGAAAGAAACACUUCACCAGGAAAUAAACAGGUGAUAAGGAACUGGUUUCAACAGGCUAAGAGCAGCUGAAAUAUUGUGCUUUUCAUAAAGUUGAUCUCUAUAAUUCUGCAUUUUUCAUCAUUCCUUUCGUCAUAGACGUGCUGAUACAAAAUGUAUUUAACAAAACAUACGCCUCAUUCAAUAUACAAGGGAAGUUUUGCUUAUCUGUAAAAUAGGUUCACGUAUUUGCUAAAGACGUGAGCUCACUUUUACAAAAUUAUUAUUAUUAUUAUUAUUAUUAUAGCGGAAUAAAGCCUUGUCUUGGUUGAUUCAAAUGUACUAAUAGUAGUAGUAGUAGAAGUAGUAAUAAUAAUAAUUUCUAAAUAAUAAUUUUCUUUAUAGCUUCUAUUAUAGUUUCGUUCAAUAAUGUUUGUAUAAUUUGGGGACAAAAUCAAGUAUCAAACUGAAGUAAUUAAACACGAAUGAAAUUAGUUGUUUUACCUACUAUUUUUUGUUCAGUUAUCCCAAAAUAAUCAUUUUGAAAUUUAGAGUGCAGGUUCCGAGUGUAUUUGCAGCGUGCCAGUAACCCUAUAGAGUCAAUUCGUGCUGAAAUGUAUAACAACCUUUAAUACAGAUUCGGUCGCAGUUGUUUACAUAAAUGUGCGCAUGCCACGUAUUGUGUAGUUUUCUUAUGUAUGUGUUAUUGAAAAGUUAGUAUUAAUUCGAAGCUGUUUUAUGUGCGGUCUAAGGAUUGUUGUUUUAAUUUAUUGUAAAAACGUUAAUAGGGGUUUUAUUUCUUUUUAAUUGAAUGUUUUAUAUGUUGUAAAAAGAAUUUCAUAAGAUAAUUCAUACUUGAAUGAGCUGAUCCACGUAACCUUUUAUUUUGUUUACAGGUUCCAUGUAGGCUAUAUGUCCAGAAUCAUGUCCGUUGUCAGUGAUGUUUUGCUGUAUUUGCUCGUUCAUUCAUAUUGCUCUGCUGGAUUAGAGAUUUGUUUUUUAUGUUUUUGUGAUUUGACUUUACGGAAAUCGAGCGCCGCCACCUUCAGAUGUCAAUCACUCCAUAAACUUUUCCCAAUGUCUUUGACGCACGUCCAGUCACACACACACACACACACACACACACACACACACACACACACACACACACACACACACACACACACACACACAGACGCACACACACACACACACGCACGCAUUUAUUAAAUUCUGUACAUUUAUUAAAAUAAAAAUAAUUACAACACCAGACUUUAACUCGCAACGCAAGCUCUAAAUAGAUUUUUUACGCGACUGCUCUGUCUCUUUUUGUGUUAUUGUUUUGUUGUAUUGUUAAUCUGUGCUAUUGCACUGUUGAUGCUGGACUCAUUAAAGUUUACAUGUAGACCACA